GCGGCGGCAGCGGCAGCGGCAGCUCGGGGCCCAGCCGCCGGCGGAGACUUGAUUUCAAGGCAAAAAACCCCCUGACUCUCGGGGAGGCGUUUAUGGUCCUCUUUACGCCUCCUUCCCUCAACCUCCUCCCCAUCCCAAAAAUUUUCCCCCGGGGGUCGGGAGGUCCGUCGGGCGAUGGCGCCGCUAAUCUAGGUCCAGGCUUGGGAGUUUCCGGCUAGGCCUCACAUCCAAGAUGGCGGCGGAGGGGAGCAGCGGAGCCGCAGGACUACCUUCAAGAAGAGUGCCAUCUUCAGAGAUGGCCGCCUCCUCUUCGUAUGGCACGCAGUUGAGGAAGAUAGGCCACCGAAGUGUGGAUUCCACUGGGGAAACUACAUACAAGAAGACGACCUCCUCUGCCCUCAGAGGUGCCAUUCAGCUGGGAAUCACACACACGGUCGGCAGCCUCAGCACCAAGCCCGAGCGCGACGUGCUGAUGCAGGACUUCUACGUGGUGGAGAGUAUCAUCUUCCCAAGUGAAGGAAGCAACUUGACGCCAGCCCAUCACUACUCUGAUUUCCGGUUCAAAACCUACGCUCCCGUGGCGUUUAGGUAUUUCCGGGAGCUGUUUGGGAUUCGCCCCGAUGACUACCUGUAUUCUCUGUGUAACGAGCCACUGAUUGAGCUGUCUAACCCUGGUGCCAGUGGAUCUGUCUUCUAUGUGUCGGCAGACGAUGAGUUUAUCAUCAAAACGGUUCAGCACAAGGAGGCGGAGUUCUUACAGAAGCUGCUUCCUGGAUAUUAUAUGAACUUGAAUCAAAACCCUCGCACGCUGCUGCCCAAGUUCUUCGGCCUCUACUGCAUCCAGUCGGGUGGCAACAACAUCCGGCUGGUGGUCAUGAACAACCUGCUGCCUCGGGUGAUGAAAAUGCACCUGAAGUACGACCUGAAAGGGUCAACCUACAAGCGGAGGGCCUCCCAGAAAGAGCGCGAGAAGCCUCGGCCAACUUUCAAGGACCUGGACUUCUUGCAAGAUAUCCCUGAUGGGCUUUUCCUGGAUACCGACAUGCACAGUGCCUUAUGUAAAACAAUUCAGAGAGACUGUCUGGUGUUACAGAGCUUUAAGAUCAUGGACUACAGUUUGCUGGUCGGGAUCCAUAACGUGGACGUCGCCAGCCGGGAGCGCGGGAACGAGGGGCUGCAGGGCAGCACAGAUGGCAUCGGGCCCUCGGAUGCCCGGAGGCCGGCGGGCCAGCGGGCGCUUUACUCAACGGCGGUAGAGGCCAUCCAGGGUGAAUCGCGGCUGGGAGCCACCGGCGAGACGGACGAGCUGAUGGGUGGCAUCCCAGCUCGGAACUCCAAAGGCGAGCGCCUCAUGUUGUACAUUGGCAUCAUAGACAUCUUACAAUCUUAUAGAUUUAUAAAGAAGCUGGAACAUUCUUGGAAGGCCCUUGUACAUGAUGGGGAUACAGUAUCCGUGCAUCGACCAGGUUUUUAUGCCGAGCGAUUUCAGCGAUUCAUGUGCAGCACGGUCUUCAAGAAGAUACCACUCAAACCAUCCCCAUCGAAGAAGAGCCGAAUUGGGAUGGCCUCCACACGCCGGCCAGCCGUGGGAGGAGCUGGCCAACAACCACCAACCCUGACAGAGGAGACAAAUGCGCAGGCAGCUAACAACGAGGUGACCCACGCGGUAAUAGAACCAGGAGCAUAUCAGGGCCGCCCCGACAUCCUACCCAGGACCCCACCGUUAGAUGAGGCUGCAAGUGUUUCAGCAGCCACGACCUUGUCCAGUUCUUCCCUUGCAGAACCUGGAGGGUUGGAUAGCACAGGAACAAAUUCUCCAGUCUCAAGGCCCCUAGGAUUGGACUCACGCUCGGCUGACCAAACAGAGCCACAGCUCCACAUACAAGUUGCUGGCAGCACAGAAAGUAUCCCUCCAAUUGUUUCGGAGCCAGUCGGGGGGACCCUCCAUUCAGAGCUGCCCAUUGAGUCAAAAGCAGACGAGGGCAGCCGGUGCCGUGACAUGCUGCUAGAAACUGAAAUCUGGUCUGGCUUUCAUGCCACGCUCGGCGGCAGCUUCCUGCCCAACAUGAAGCGCCGCGCGGCAGGAGCCAUUGGGAGGUGUUGUUGCUGGCGGCGGGGAGAAGGAGGAGGGCAGUUACGAAGGUCCGUCAAGAUGGUGUUGGAGAGUACGAUGGUCUGCGUCGACAACAGCGAGUACAUGAGGAAUGGGGACUUCCUGCCAACCAGGCUGCAGGCACAGCAAGAUGCCGUCAACAUUGUCUGCCAUUCCAAAACACGGAGCAACCCCGAGAACAAUGUCGGCCUUAUUACCCUUGCCAAUAACUGUGAGGUAUUAACCACCUUGACACCGGACACAGGACGGAUUCUCUCCAAGCUUCACGCCGUCCAGCCCACGGGGAAGAUCAGCUUCUGCACCGGUAUCCGAGUUGCCCACCUGGCCCUCAAACAUCGUCAGGGGAAGAACCACAAAACGAGAAUCAUUGUGUUCGUUGGAAGUCCCGUGGAGGAUAAUGAGAAGGAUUUGGUCAAGUUGGCCAAGAGGCUGAAGAAGGAGAAGGUGAAUGUGGAUAUCGUGAACUUCGGAGAGGAGGAAGCCAACACCGAGAAGUUAACAGCUUUCAUCAAUGCUCUGAACGGGAAGGAUGGGACGGGUUCCCACCUGGUGACAGUGCCCCCGGGUCCGAGCCUGGCAGACGCUCUCAUCAGCUCCCCCAUCCUGGCCGGGGAGGGGGGCACCAUGCUGGGGCUGGGAGCCAGCGACUUCGAGUUUGGAGUGGACCCCAGCGCAGAUCCCGAGUUGGCCUUGGCCCUCCGUGUGUCGAUGGAGGAACAGCGGCAGCGGCAGGAAGAGGAGGCGAGACGAGCAGCAGCCGCCUCGGCUGUGGAGGCAGGGAUAGUGACUCCGACAAGUGACGAUCCGGAUGAUGCCCUGUUGAAGAUGUCUAUAAGCCAGCAGGAGACUGCAGGAACUGGCCUGCCGGAUUUCAGCACCAUGUCUGAGGACGAGCAGAUUGCCUAUGCCAUGCAGAUGUCUCUUCAGCCACCAGAGUUUGGGAGCCCCGAGGAUUUAUCCAACAUGGAAACCGGCACAGCCAUGGACACAUCUGAGGCUUCGGGAAAGGAGGAAGACAACUACGACGUGAUGGAGGAUCCUGAGUUCCUGCAGAGCGUCCUGGAGAACCUGCCGGGGGUGGACCCCAACAACGAGGCCAUUCGCAAUGCCAUGGGGUCUCUGCAGUCACAGACCUCGAAGGAGAACAAGAAGGACAAGGAGCAGAAGAAAUAAAGCUGCUGCUCGGGGGUCGACGUUUCAGAGGACGUUUGUUCCGGCGGCGAACUGCGUGUCGCUGGCUCCAGCAAGGAGCUGGUCAAACAAAGGCGGUUUACAUCGCUUCCUUCUGCAGUGGCUGCAAACUGUCAUAAUGCUUGUGGAUAUCUUUUUAUUUCUUACCCCCUCCUCGUCUGAUAACACAGAGUGUAAUUUUCUGCUUCCGAAACGGGAUGUUAAUAAAAUUCACAAGAGUUCA